AUGGAGGCGAGCGCGGGCGGCGGCGGCGGCGGCGGCGGCGGCGCGGCGCGCGUCCAGCAGGAGCCCGGGCCCGGGGGAGCUGCUGAGUCUGCUGACCGUGUAACUGUGAAGGAGGAAGCAGAACUCGUGGAUGAGGAGGCGCGUGUGAAGGAGGAGUGCUGGGACAGCACAGACGGGUGCGGCGUGAGCGAGGCAGCCAUGCUGGCCGGCCUGUACGACGAGCACGUGGUCAAGGACGAGCUCGUGCUGGGGCCGGAGCGCCCGCACCGACCCACAGUCGCGUCCGCUCUCGCCUCCUCCGCCGUGGGGUCCGGCCCCGAGGGGCGCCCCAACGUCAUCACCAUCUACCACUGUCACCGCUGCGGCAAGCGGUACAGGAGCAGGCCGGCGCAGGAGGAGCAACCAGUGUGCAACUCACGCACUGACGAGACGACACACACUCGUGACGACCUCUUUAAAUGUAACUACUGCGAUUACAAGUGCAAAGAGAAAACACUCCUACAGCCUCACCAGAUGACACACACCGAUGACAAGCCUUUUAUAUGUAAACACUGUGUCUUCAAGGGCUACGCGGUAUCAAAUCACACGGAGGUCAAGCCCGUUCACUGCAGUGACUGUGACUACAAGUGCAAAAUACCAGCAGAACUACGACGUCAUCAAAUGACACACACAGGUGAAAAGCCUUUUCAGUGUAGCUACUGUGAGUACAGGUGCCGUCACAGAGGACACUUACGAUCUCACGAGAUGAUACACACCGGUGAAAAACCCUAUAAAUGUAAAUACUGUGAUUACAAGUGCACGAAGACAACUGAUUUACGGAGACACGUGAUGAAACACACCGGGGAAAAGCCUUUCCGCUGUAGCCACUGCGACUCCAAGUUGACAAGCAAACGAAAUCUACGACGUCAUCAAUUGAUACACACGGAAGAAAAAAAAAAGGAAAUCUUCCAGUGUAGGCACUGUGAUUACAGGUGCCGUCACAGAGGGCACUUCCGAUUACACGAGAUGAAACACACCGGUGACGAACCCUUGAAGUGUAACUACUGUGAUUACAAGUGCACGACGACAACUGAUCUACGAAUACACGAGUUGCAACACACCGGGGAAGAGCGUCUCGAGCGAGGCGUACACCGAGACGCCUAUUGA